AUGAAGCUUCGCAUAGGUUUGGGGAAUGGCAAGGUUGCAGAGGUCAAAUUCAACGAGUACCACACGACAUACGGCGAGCUCCGAACUCAGCUUGCAAAUUAUGUGCCGUUUGAUGUUGACUCGCUGAUAAUAUGGAUGGGACACCCACCGGUGGCUUUGGAAUAUCCUGCUGGCACUAUGAUUAUAAACACGGCCUUUACCAGUGACGCUGAGCUGUUUGUAUCAGAGAGGGAGUGGCACUGGGCCCCGAUGAAAGAAAGUACUGCCAGCCAUGGGGAUAGUGCGCCAAAUGCAUAUUGCAACAAGUGUGGAAGCACCAAUAUUGGCUAUGGAAGCCACCCCGCGCACAGCAAGCCCAAGGAAGCACACAAGGAGCCGAGUGCGCUGAGCUUUCCACAUCACAACAGCAGUAUUCCCAGCAUCCCCGUUAAGAACAGCGGUUACUUGGUUGAACGCAAGGUGCCGGGGGACAACAGCUGCCUCUUCCAAUGUCUAGUAAAAUGCCUCGGGCUGGCUAACCUAACGGUUGAAGACUUGCGGGCCACGGUAUGCCAAAUGAUAAAUGAUGAUCCCUACACAUACAACGAGGCUAUUUUGGAAAAAACCCCCCAAGAGUACUGCCGCUGGAUCUUGCAGCCGACCAGCUGGGGCGGCGGAAUCGAAAUGGCACUAAUAAGCUCGAGGUUUCAUGUGGAGAUUUGCUCCAUAGAUAUGAGCACCUUGCGAGUCGACAGGUUCGGCGAGGGCAGAUACUUCCGCAGGGUCGUUUUGCUGUACAGCGGAAGUCACUACAACUACGCUGCGCUUGCUGCCAGUCCGGGGGACCCUGCAGAGUUUGACCAGACUAUGUUUGAAAUUGGUGUUGGCAUGGAUGUCGACAGCUCGUUUUUGACUAUGGCGGUAGAGCUAGCCCGCCUCCUGCGCUAA